UUGAACACAAGCCCUGCUCAAGUUUGCACCUGUUUCCAUCAGCUCUGUUUACAGCUUCUUCGAAAUCCCCCUCAGAUUUCUACAUUUUAUUCCUGAAGUUUAAAGCUAACAAACUGCUGGAUUGUUUGAGGAGUUUGCUGGUAAUCCUGUGGUGACAGGAUUGUUCAGAAGGCUGUUUAUCAGCUCCAUCAGGACAUCCAGCUGCUCUGCAUACCUCCCAUCACCUCCACUGUCUCCAUCACAGCCAUCCUGGCUGGAUGGGAUACUGCUGCUGCGGAAUUUAAAGGUUGGACCUGUGGGGCUAGAUGUCCAUUCUCUGAAAGCAGAAUGGUCAGACGAUGCUGUCCAGUCAUUCUGCUCCAACUGUUAAGCAUUUUUGCACAGACAAAAGCUUUUACUCAGGAUGUUUUGUACCCAUAUGGACCAGGCCAUAGAGAUCUUGAAACUCAAAAGAUGGAUGACGGAAGUUCACCAGAAAUUCCUCUGCUCAUUCCUUUUAUUUUCUUCAAUGUGCCUUACCGUUCCAUCUAUGUCAACAACAAUGGUGUGAUCUCCUUCAGUGUUCAAGUUAGCCAGUUCACACCUGAGGCUUUCCCUCUGAGCGACAGCAGAUCUUUCAUUGCUCCACUCUGGGCAGAUGUGCACAACGGCAUCCGUGGAGAUGUCUACUACAGAGAGACCACUGAUCCUGAACUACUAGAAAGAGCAACCCAAGAUGUUCGCAAGCAUUUCAAAAGCAUGCCUGGCUUUACAGCCACAUGGGUUUUUCUAGCAACAUGGCACCAGGUUACCUUCUACGGAGGGAGCCAGACAACCCCGGUGAACACUUUCCAGACAGUACUUAUCUCAGAUGGUGUGGCAUUCUUUAGUAUGUUUAACUAUGGAGAAAUUACAUGGAGCACAGGAACAGCCAGCGGGGGAGAUCCUUUGACUGGACUUGGUGGAACAACAGCUCAGGCAGGUUUUAAUGGUGGAGAUAUUGGUCACUUCUUCAACCUGCCGGGAUCCCGGUCAAAUGAUGUGGUAAAUAUUGAACAGACAACCAACGUAAACAUGCCUGGACGCUGGUUUUUCCGCGUUGACACUGAGUUGAUAGAUCCUGCCAACGGCUGCAGCUACAAUGGACGGUUUUACAGACGAGGGGAGAUUUUCUGGAUUUCUGAACAGUGCUCACAGCGUUGCAGAUGCCUUGAUAUUAACAAUGAGGUGCAAUGCCUCGAGGCUCCGUGUGGACAGUUUGAGAACUGCGAGCAACUGGAGGGAGCCUUUUACUGCCAACCUACUCGCACCAGUACCUGCGUGGUAUUUGGAGAUCCUCACUAUCACACCUUUGAUGGCUUCCUCUAUCACUUCCAAGGCACCUGCUCGUAUUUGCUUGCUCGGCCAUGCUGGGAGAUGGUAGGACUGCCCUUCUUCAGUGUGGAGGCCAAAAAUGAGAACCGAGGCGUUACCUCAGUUUCCUGGUUAAGGGAUGUGACAGUGGAGGUCUACGGUCAUAGAGUCUUGAUACCUAAAGGCAGUUUGGGAAGUGUCCAGGUGGACGGUUUGAUGAAGACAUUGCCAGUCCAACUCGACCUUGGUGCAAUAAAGGUGUACCAAUCUGGAGUUGCUGUGGCCUUAGAGACAGACUUUGGACUCCUGGUAACCUAUGAUGGCGAGCACUAUGCCUCCAUCUCAUUACCAAGCUCCUACUUCAACAACACCUGUGGUCUAUGUGGAAACUAUAACGAUGACCCUGCGGAUGAUCCAGUGCUUCCUGAUGGCUCUCUUGCUGAAAGCGUGGUGGAGUUGGGAGGAAGCUGGCGAGCAGAAAACACAGACUGGAAGUGCUCAGACGGUUGUGCUCAGAAUUGUAGCGUUUGUGACCCUCUAACAGAGGCCAUGUACUUUCGUUCAGAUUACUGUGGGCUAAUAAACAAAACUGAUGGACCUUUUCGAGACUGCAGAGCUGUGGUGGACCCUACUGCCUUUGUAUAUAGUUGUGUGUAUGAUAUGUGCAGCAACAGGGAUAACAUCACUACAUUGUGCCAUGCCAUCCAGGCCUAUGCUUUAGCCUGUCAGGCCCUCGGUGUCACAAUAAGACCAUGGAGAACUCGCACCUUCUGUGCAAUGUCAUGUCCAGAAUUCAGCCAUUAUGAGGUUUGUACAACUGCUUGCCCGGCUUCCUGCUCCGACCUCACUGCUCCCCUAUACUGUGUUCAUCCCUGCACUGAGGGCUGCCAGUGUGAAUCUGGAUACGUCUUGAGCGGCAAUCGCUGUGUUCAGCAAGAUGACUGCGGAUGUGAGCACAACGAUCUGUAUUACCCCCUCAAUCACACAUUCUGGGCUGGUCCCAGCGGGGCGGAAGGUGACUGUACCCUCCGCUGCACAUGCGGGUUUGCUGGAGAAGUUUCCUGUUUCAAUGAGUCCUGUAAAGAGGGUGAAGUGUGUGUGGCCGAACUAGGCUUACUGGGCUGUUACCCUCGAAGAGAGGGAGUGUGUUCGGUCACCCAGAACUCAGUGACAUCUAGCUUUGAUGGCACUUUUCUCCUGUUUCCGGAUGACAGCUCUUACUACCUGCUAAAGCUGUGUGGUCCGAUACCAGUUAAUGGGUCAUUGGUAGAGGUGAAGAUCAGCAGGCGGUUCAUUAACAAAGGUCCCACUUGGAUAAGACCUGUGAUAGUAACUGUGGCUAACCUUGAGGCACAGAUGGGAGGCACAGACUUUGAUACAGUAAAGGUGAAUGGCGAACCUGUUGUUCUUCCAUUUGUCCAUCCGAUGGGGACAAUGAUAAUCUACAAGGCACCAGGAAAUACAACUGUGGUGGAGUCCAGAGGUCUGCUCCGUGUUCAUUACACGCGUCAAGGAUUCCUUAACAUCUCUCUAUCCACCAUCUACUACAACAUUACAUGCGGCUUAUGUGGAGUUUUCAACAGCAACGCCACAGAUGACCUGCGCCUACCCAACGGUCGUCUUGCAGAAAAUACAGAACAGUUUACAGAUGGAUGGAGAUCAAUUGCAGACGACCUUACCUGCAAUGGGGACUGCGAUGAUCUAUACCGCAUGUGCACAGACCUGCGUCUUUACCAGAGUCCUUGGAUGUGUGGAAACAUUAAUGACCCAGGGAAUAGCUCCUUUCUGGCAUGCCACACAGUGGUGAAUCCAUCCCCCUUCUUUAGGAACUGCUUGUACAACAUGUGCAUAAGGGAAGGAAAUCGGUCAGCCCUGUGCUCCUCUCUACAGGCUUAUGCUACAGCCUGUCAGGAUGCCCAAGUUGGCCUAGCUUCCUGGAGGAUUGCAACCAACUGUCCUCUUCCUUGUCCAGAGAACAGCCAUUUUGAAGAGUGCACCCCUGCCUGCCCUUUAACCUGCACCAACCUGGAUGAACUGGAGGAGCCGUGCCCUCUGCCAUGUGAGGAAGGCUGCCAAUGUGAGGAGGGUUUUGUGCUGCGGGACGGCUUGUGUGUUGCACGUAGUGAUUGUGGCUGCACGUACCAUGGUCACCAGGUGGCCACAAACCAGACCUUUUGGACGGAUUGGGAAUGCCAGGAGCGCUGUUUCUGCAAUGGCUCUGACAACAGUGUUUACUGUCAGCUCUCCCCCUGUCAUCCUGAGGAGUUCUGCCAGGAGAACGAUGGCCUAUACUUCUGCCAGCCACGCACCGAGGCCUUGUGUGUGGUUGCUGGUUAUGGCCAUUUUCUGCCUUGUAGUGGUGUCCCGUUUGAACUUCAGAGCUCCUGUACUCUGAAGAUGGCCACCACUGUUUGUGGACACAGAGAGGUGGUGGGGACAAGUGGAGCUUUCCCUCGGUUCAAACUAGCCGUUCGUAAUGAGGAACGAGAUACUGGACAGGCCAUCUGGGUGAGGGGCUUUGUGCUGGAGGUCUAUGAAUAUGAAAUAGAAGUUUCACGAAGCUACAAAAACACAGUCACUGUCAACAAGGAGCGUCUGUACCUUCCCCUCAAGCUGGGCCCAGGAAAGGUCAACAUGUCCUCCUUGGGGAUGUUGCUUAUUCUUGAGACAGACUUUGGACUAAAGGUGUCGUAUGACUGGAAUACUCUCUUCCUUUUGACUCUACCCAGAGAUCUUUACAACACCUCCUGUGGCCUCUGCCAUGGCAUGCCCUUAUCCCCUCCCACCUUAACCACCACGGACUGGGGCAUGACCUGGGCAGAGAGGGACACCUUCUGCCAGGUUGGCUGUGGUGACUCCUGUCCUCGCUGUGGCCUUGGAGAAAAGACCAUGUCAAACACCGCCCCUCUCAUGGUGGCGGACUCCAGCAUGAACAAUGACAACGAAGAUGAGCCAAACGGGCUCGCCACAGGCAUACGUUUCCACGUUGGAGACGGACUGUACGUCUUUGUGGAGCCCGAGGCCGUAAGGCUGUGUGGACUGAUUGUGGAUCGAGGAGGUGUGUUUGCUCGCUGUCACAGCAAGGUGGCGCCUGCUUUCUUUUAUCAGAGCUGCCUCCUGGACACAUGUUUGGAUCAAGGAGCUCAGGAUACAAUCUGUAACUGGCUACAGAUCUACGCCAGCACCUGUCAGACCCAGGGAGUUCAUUUAACUGGUUGGAGGAGUGAAACACCAUGUGUCCACAGCUGUCCUCCAAACAGCCAUUACUCCAGCUGCAUGAUGGUGUGCCCACCUCAGUGCGCCCCGGCCCGCGGUCAGAGGGACUGUAACCAUGACUGUGUGGAGGGCUGCCAGUGCGACCUGGGCUAUGUGCUCAAUGGCAAGAGCUGCAUCCUGUCCCAAAACUGUGGCUGCUACACAGAUGGAAAAUACUAUGAGCCCAAGCAACUUUUCUGGAACAGUGACUGCACCAAACGCUGCCAGUGCAUCGGAAGAAACCUGAUCCAGUGCGACCCCAGGCGCUGUAAGGCAGAGGAAGAGUGCACUUUGCGGUUUGGGGUCCGAGGCUGCUUCGCCCGCCGAUCUCAGCACUGUGUGGCAUCGGGUGGGGGAGUCUUUAGGACAUUUGACGGGGCGUCACUGCGUCUUCCAGCCUCUUGCUCCUUUGUCCUUUCCACAAACUGCCACAAGCUGCCCGACCUUUCCUUCCAGCUCAUUGCUAACUUUGAUAAAUGGAGCACGCCCAACCUCACCACCAUUUCUCAUGUCUACCUUUACAUAAACGAGGAGAACAUUCUCAUCUCUGGCAGCACUGUCAAGGUCAAUGGUACGCCAGUGUCAGUCCCAUUUCUAACUGGCCUGAUGACGCGCCUGUCCACAUCGGAGGGCUUCAUUGUCAUCGACACACCGCAGGACAUUCAGGUGCGAUACAACCGUUUCAACACUCUCAGCAUUACAAUGGGCCAGCGACUUCAGAACAAGGUGUGUGGCUUAUGUGGAAACUUCAAUGGAGACCCCAAUGAUGACUACAUCACCUCCAGGGGCAAACCAGCUGUCAGUGCCCUGGAGCUGGCUCAGAGCUGGAAGACCAACGGCAUGCAGAACAGUUGCGACGAGACCCAGUAUGUGGCUUUAGCCCAGUCCUGCGACAACACGGCUGUCCUGGCACUGCAGUCCGAAGACGCCUGCCAGAAGCUUACCGACCUGAAGGGCUUCUUCCAACCAUGUCACGGCCUGCUAGAUCCGCAGCCUUUUUACCAGUCCUGCUACCUGGAUGGCUGCUACAACCACCGCAAGGCUCAGGUCUGUGGAUCCCUGGCAGCCUACGCUGAGGCCUGCCGCUCUUUUGGGACCCUCACCACCAAAUGGAUCACCCAGGAGAACUGCUCAGAAUGGAUUUACGACCCCUGUGCGGGAGAGAUCUGCACAAACUUCACAUGUGAGCUGGAGAAUGGAGGCGAUCUGUGUGGCUGUCCUGAGUUACCCACCAACCCUGCAGGUAACGAUGACAUCAUUCAAGCUGAGGUGAACUGCAAGCACGCUCAGAUGGAGGUUUCUAUCUCCAAGUGCAAACUCUUCCAGCUGGGCUUCGAACGAGAAGACGUGAGGAUCAACGACGAGCGCUGCGCCGGCAUCGAGGGAGAGGAUUUCAUCUCCUUCCACAUCAACAACACUAAAGGCCACUGCGGCUCCAUCGUACAGUCAAACGGCACACACAUCAUGUAUAAGAACACGGUGUGGAUAGAAAGUGUGAACAACACCGGCAACGUCAUCACCAGAGACAAGACCAUCAACGUGGAGUUUUCCUGUGCUUACGAGCUGGACCUGAAGAUCUCUCUGGAGACCGUCCUCAAGCCCAUGCUCAGCGUGAUCAACCUCACUCUGCCGACCCAGGAGGGAAACUUCAUCACCAAGAUGGCUCUCUACAAGAACUCCUCGUACCGCAACCCAUACAGGGAGGGGGAGGUGGUUCUCAGCACCCGGGACAUUCUGUUUGUGGGCGUCUUUGUGGAGGGAGCAGAUGUAAACCAGCUCAUACUCAUUGUGAACAUGUGCUGGGCCACGCCAUCGCGAUACAGCAGCGACAGACUCCGUUAUAUCAUCAUAGAGCGGGGGUGCCCAAACACAAAGGACAACACCAUCGGGAUGGCGGAGAAUGGCGUGUCCCUCACCUGUCGCUUCCACGUCACCGUCUUCAAGUUCAUCGGAGACUAUGAUGAGGUCCACCUACACUGUGACGUUACGCUCUGUGACUCAGACACAAACGCCUGCAAAGUGAACUGUCCUCACAAGAGGAGAAUGUACUCGGAAGACAGUGACCAUAAGGAGCACAUCCUGACAGUUGGACCCAUCAGAAGAAGAGAAUCAGACUGGUGUGAGGAAGACAACGGUGGCUGCGAGCAGAUCUGCACCAGUAAGGCCACCGGUCCCAUCUGCAGCUGUGUGACGGGGAUGCUGCAGCCUGAUGGGAAAAGCUGCCGCAUUCUGAGCUCUUCCUGUAAAGUCACCCCUGCUCUUCCUCUGCUGAGCUCCAGCGCCCUAAUCUCCAUAAUCCUGACCCACUUUAACUGCCUUAUCUUUUCCUAACGCCUAAAUAAAGCAACCAAAUACACAUCAACAGAGAAAAGACUUGAAGACUAGACCGAAAUUUAAAAAUCUAUGAAUAUUUGAAAGUUGUUGUGAAUUUAGUUCGUGAACAUCUCUGUAGAAAACUGUUGAGCGUUAAUUUCAGUCUUCCUGUUAUUUAGAUUCAUCAGGAUCUGUAAUUUAAAACUACUGUGUAGAGUUUUGUUUUUUUUACAUGUUUUUAUAAAGUUUUCAAAAUGUUCCCAUUGUAUUCAUUUUUGUUGAAAAUGUCAUGUUGACAAUCACCACUAGAUGGCGCCAAAGAAAAGUUUUCGAAUUUGAAGAAAAGGGGGAAAGUUAGGGAAAGAUUACAACAUAUAGACAGGCAGAACAGAAAGAUUAAUAUCACAUAAGAGUUAUUUGUUUGUUUGUUAUUUUUGUUGUGGAUAACCUCCAGUAAGCAUUGCUUUUUGCCAGAUCUAAGAUAAAUGUUUUUGAAGUUGAGUCAAAAAAAGGUUCAUUGAAAAUUCAUUGAAAUCAGUUUUUCAGCUGAUAAUUUCUUUCUUUUCUUCCUAUUAAACCAGCUAAUUUGCAGUAAUUUUAAAGCAUUUUAUUAUUCUGCUAAAUAAAAAUACAUCCUCCACCCUUUCAUUCAUUAAAUUCUAUUCCCCUUAGUUUUAAAAAAGUAUUAGUAUUUCAUUUAGGUUAAUUAAGAAACACAUUGUAUGAAAAGAAGUGUAAGAGCACGUUGCAGGUUUUCAAGUG